AUGUCGGACGUCGAGAACGUUGAUUAUCUCCAGCCAGGCUUCGACCCUCGGUCGCUGACCGUCCCGCGCCUGCGCUCUAUCCUCGUCACCCAUCAGGUGCCAUAUCCCAGCACGGCAAAGAAGAGCCAGCUUGUCGACUUGUUCAACGAGCAUGUGGUGCCUCUGUCCAAGAAGUAUCUAGCGAGCCGCACUGCUAAGAGGUCUAGCAAAGGUAUUGUCGAUGCUGACACGCAGAGCUCGGCGAGCACCGACUUCGACCAGGAGCUGCCGCCUCCUUCUCGAAGCACUCGCCGCUCGCGAUCGCCGCGCAAGGUAUCGAGGGUGAAACUGGAGGAGGAUGUCCAGGAAAGCCACGCUCCUGUGACGCCGGCAGCUGCUCGUGGGACCACAAGCCAAAGGGUAUCCCGCUCUGCAGCAUCACACGUAUCUCAUGCGCCGAGUGUUUCCGACACAGAUGAUACAGGCCACGAGGCGGAGACGUCCUUUCAAGAAACAUCCUAUCAAGAAACACCAUCUACGCUCGGUAGGAACUUGCGUACGACGCCGGCUGUUAAGCACGAAUCCGACGACGAUUUCUUCAAGCGAACCCCCGCGACUGCGAGCGUAUUCACGAAUGACAACCCCUUCCAGGCCGGAAGUCCUGCGGCACCUCCUUCGACCAUGAAGACUCCGAGCCAUCGUCGCAAAACGAGCGCGUUGGAUUCUACUUACACCAGAACCCCUUCUACUGUCGCUUCGCGAAGACGAACAGAUGGCCCGCAAUACGAGGAGCUAGAGACGCCCGACACGACAUCAUCGAUCAGGAGUUACGAGCCCAGCUCGACGUCUACGGUCAGGACAUAUCAAUUGCCAUUUGGAAAGCACUCGAUGCCCAAGACCCCGAGGUCACCCGAAUACUCUGAAAUGUCCAUGAUGUCCAAUGUUGCGGACUCCUCGUAUAUCGUGGACUCAUCAUAUGUCGAAACGGGAGAAGAGUUUACUCCAGACGAGCAGUUGGCUUUAAUGCAAGAGGAGAUAGACAAUCCUGCUCUGGCUGUGCAAAGGAACAAGCAAGUUAGCCGUAGGGAAAGAAGUCCUUUGACCACUCCAUUGUGGGUCCUCCUCACCACUCUCUUGGUCGCUUACGCGGGCUGGUACCGACAAGAGAAGAUCGCGGUCGGGUACUGUGGUCUUGGGCGCGAAUCGCGCCCGCUUGUCGGACGAAGUAUCAAAUUGCCUGACUGGGCGACAGAAGUAACCGACAAGAUUGGCCUCCACGAUUUCGAGGUCCCUGAAUGGGCUGGACCGUUCCUCGAACCCGACUGCGAACCGUGCCCUCCGCAUGCCUACUGCUACGAAGCUUUCAUUGCCCGCUGCGAGCCUGGCUUCGUUCUCAAGCCCCACCCGCUCGCUCUCGGAGGUCUCAUUCCUCUGCCGCCUACUUGCGAGCCCGACGGCGAGAAGGCGCGCAAGGUUCAAGCGGUUGCCAACAAGGCCGUUGAGGAGCUGCGGGAUCGUAGAGCCAAGUACGAGUGUGGCGAGCCCUUAGAGCCCGAGGGCAAGCCUCUGGAAAGCCCUGCGAUCGACGAGCAAGAGCUUAAGGAGUCUCUGAGCAAGAAGCGGAGCAAGCGGAUGGCAGCCGAGGAGUUUGAGGAACUUUGGGCCGCGGCCUUGGGAGAAGUCAAGGCUCGGGAUGAGGUUGAAGUCCACGUAACGGACUCCUACUACGAAAAAGGAGAUACCUCUGGCUUUCCAACCACCAAGCUAUCGUCCAGCUCUCUCGCUCGCCUUCCGUACACCUGCGCGCUCCGCCGAUCCGUCAAGCUUGGACUGGCUCGACAUCGACUCAGCAUUGGUGGAGUGAUCCUAUCCCUUCUCUCCCUCAUCUACGGCCGCAACGCCUACCGCACGCACCGCGCCGUCGCCCGCCAGAUCCCCGGUCUGGUCGACCAGGUUCUCGACCGCCUGGCUCUCCAGAAGGAGAUCGCCUUUGAGUCGGAAGGUGAUGAUGACGCCUUUCUGUUCUUGCCCAACCUACGCGACGACGUGCUGCGGUCCGUACACCGCCUCGCCGAGCGCGAGCGUGUGUGGAAGAAGGUCGCGGCUGUCGUGGAGCAGAACAGCAACGUGCGCACGGGCCAGCGCGAGAGCAGCAGCGGUGAGAUCGCCCGCGCGUGGGAGUGGAUCGGCCCCAGCAGGCCUGGGAUCACGGGCGGCGAGGCUAGGAGGCGUUUGAAGUCCAACAAUGGUUACAGAGUUUCUUGGGGCCCGGAUGUCAAGACUGAGGCUGAGGUGGAGGAGGAGCAGCAGCAGGUGGUGAAGGGGGAGGAGGAUCAGCAGAAGUAUGAGACUCCUACUCAUCCGCCUGCGAGGGCAGGCGGUAGUAGGUUUGGUUUCAGGAAGUGGACUGAAGGGAGGCCAAUUUACUAGAUGGCUCAUGUCAUGUCCGUCC